CUGUGCGGGUGCGACAGUGUUAAUGGUGAUAAAAGGUGCUGGACUGUGUUAGUGCUAUGAUAUAUGGUGUUAAAGCGUGCAGUUAGUGUUGGACUGUGUUGUACUGUGCUUCGUGUUGCUAGAAGCAGCACUGCUACUGUCUUGUAGAGUGGUCAUAACACGUGCCUGAACUGCUUCUCAUAGAAACUGGAAUGGUGAUGCAGGAUAUUAGUGACGUCAGGAGUGACGCAAGGGAUGACACAUCAUCUAGGAGUGCUGUCCGGAUUGUCGGCGACGUUAGUGACGUCAGGAGUGAUGUGGGCGCUGCUUCAGCUAAAAGUGACACAGAUAAUGCCUCGGCCAGGAGUGACAUCAGCAUCAACUCCAGCUUCGUCGCCACCUUUAACGACAACAUCUUCUGUCGUGUCAACUACAGGACGCCACGACGACACAUGAAACACGUCACAGAAAUCUUCGUGGCCACAGACGAUUUCAUCCACUACAGCAGCGCACCACGCCUCAACAGUAGUAACCCCCCAAGCAUCAACACUAGUGGAAGUGUUAACAGCACAAAGAGCAACUGCAACAGCACUUGCAGCAGAGGCAGUAAAAGACCAAGACAAAGAGCUUUAGAAAGGAAGAUGGCACCUGACCCAAGAGGUCAAGAAGAAUCGGGUCCAGUAGGAUCAAUCAUUGCUGGCCACAGGAUUUCCCUCAAUGUUCACUACGACAACGACGAAGAACUUGUAAAGACAACAGGUGAUGUUACGCCCGUCGAAGAAAUGGUGGCAAAUACAGGAGCUCUUCCCAGGGACACGCCUGACAGCUCCACCAGCACACAGCCUCUACUGCCAGACACACUCCUGACAGUAAAUUCUAACCAGCAAGACGGAAAGAUAACCCAUGUUGACAUGGUCAUACUGGAUGAAACAGAAGUUGAGAGAGAGAGUGAAAAAUCCUCAGUUCCAUCUUUCUCUGAAGCUCUGCCAGAUACCCCCGAAACCAGCUCGGCUCGCUCUGCCACACCCGAGGCACCUCUAGAAUACUCUACCUCCAGCCCAAAAAUGUUCAAAUCUCCCAUAAAAAAGACUGAAUACCUCAAUGGACCAGAUCAAAUAAUCCCAGCUGACUGCAUUAAAACCUGGAAACCUAAUGGUGUUACAAAGUUGAAGUUAGGUGAGCAGGGACCAUCUGCACACCCCCCAGUGUCCGUGCCAACACUCUUGAAGAAAGCUGCUGAAAAGUACCCUAACACACACGCUUUGUGUGUAAAGAGAAAUGGAGAAUGGAAGAACACCACCUACAGAGAAUACUAUGACCAAGUUCGCAUCAUGGCUAAAGCUUUUAUUAAGCUCGGACUUGACCUGUACCAUGGAGUGUGUAUCCUUGGCUUCAAUUCACCAGAAUGGUUUAUAGCAGACUUGGCAGCAGUAUUUGCAGGUGGGUUUGCUGCAGGGAUCUACACCACAAACACUCCUGAAGCAUGUGAACACUGUGCUUUAAAUUGUGAAGCACAAAUUUGGGUUGUUGAAGAUCAGAAACAGUUGGAGAAAGUAUUGAAAAUCAAGGGACGUCUUCCUUCACUAAAAGUAAUAAUCCAGUACACUGGUAAACCAACUGUAGAUGGUGUUCUUAGUUGGGAGAGUGCAAUGGCUUUGGGUAAACAGCAGUCUGAUAAUGAACUGGACUCCAGAUUGCGGCGCAUGGCGGUAAAUCAAGCCUGCACUUUAAUUUAUACCUCGGGUACCACUGGUCCUCCCAAAGGUGUCAUGCUAAGCCAUGACAACCUAACAUGGACUGCACAUGCCAACUGUGUUAAUGCUGAUUUUAAUCCUGGGAAGGAAAUAUUUCUAAGCUUCUUGCCACUCUCUCAUGUUGCUGCACAAAUGGCUGACCUUUAUAUUCCUAUGUAUGCAGGUGGUACAUGUUACUUUGCAUUGCCAGAUGCCUUAAAAGGUAGCUUGGGUCAAACCCUGAAGGAAGUAAGGCCUACUAGGUUUUUGGGCGUUCCACGUGUGUGGGAGAAAAUAUACGAGAAGAUGAUGGAAGUUGGCCGCAAAACGACUGGAAUAAAAAAAUCUAUUGCCACUUGGGCCAAGGCCAUUGGAUUAGAAGCCAAUAUGCGCAAGCAACGGCAGGAUUUCUCUAAGCCAUUUGGAUAUUCGGUAGCAAAUGCAAUAGUUUUUAAAAAGAUUAAAGCAGUCUUGGGGCUCGACAGGUGUACACUUUACCUCUCUGGUGCUGCACCAAUUGCCCCAGAGAUCUUGCGAUACUUCCAUAGCCUAGAUAUUCCACUUACAGAAAUCUAUGGUAUGUCAGAAUCUACUGGGCCCCAUACUAUAGGCAUGGAAAAAGCCUUCAAAGUUGGUAGUGCUGGGCUGACCAUCCCUGGUUGCUACACAAAAAUAGAUAAACCAGAUGAAGAAGGCAAUGGUGAGGUGUGCAUGGGUGGUCGUCACGUGUCUAUGGGUUACCUGAGAAUGGAAGAAAAGACAAAUGAGGCUAUUGAUGGGGAAGGUUGGCUCCAUACUGGUGAUAUUGGCAGGGUAGACAGUGAUGGGUUCCUGUUCAUUACUGGCCGUAUCAAGGAACUAAUAAUCACAGCAGGUGGUGAAAAUAUAGCUCCAGUUCUUAUUGAAGACAACUUGAAAGCUGAAUUGCCUUGUAUAAGCAAUGCUAUGCUAAUUGGAGACAGAAGGAAGUUCCUCUCCGUCCUUCUAACAUUAAAGACAAAUAUGAACUUGGAUACUGGUGAACCUCUCGAUACCCUGAGUGCUGCAUGUAUGGACUGGUGUCGCAGUGUUGGAUCAUCGGCAAAGACCAUACAAGAAGUCCUUGCAGGUCCUGAUGCAAACAUUAUGAGAGCAAUCCAAGAUGGUAUUGAUCGUGCAAACAAGCUGGCUCCGUCAAAUGCUCAAAGAAUACAGAAAUGGACUAUUAUUCCCAGAGACUUUUCAGUGCCAGGUGGUGAACUUGGGCCUACUAUGAAGCUGAAGUCGAAAAACGUCACAAAACAAAUAGAAAAAAAUAAAAAUAAAUUCCCGGCCUGUUGUUGUCAGAAGUAUUGUGAUACGAUAGAAAGAUUUUUCAUGAAGCUGAAAGGCGACUAUUGGUUUUCUCUGAAGGAAAUUCUAAAGUGUAAAGUUUCUUUACACUUAUUUCUGUAA